AUGACCGAUGAGGCCGAGUCGUCGCGAGCUGCGUUGCGCCAUGACGACAGCUCUCCUGACCACAUCGACAGCGCAGACGCCGACCCGGAAGAACUGGCACGCGAACGCGUAAAAGACGCGAGAGAAAGACGGUUAGAUGCUAAGAGAAAGCGGAUUCGCAUGCUGGGCGACCUACUGCGCGAGUUGGAUCUGGUUGUAUACAUGGAGCUGCUUGCUCUCUACCAUCUCGACUGCUCGUUCUUCUGGUUUGCUCUGCGUGCACUCGCACAUGGUAGCCUGCUCACACCCGUCUCGGACCCAACCAUGCAACGCCCGCCCGACGAGCCUCGACCGUUCUUACCCGUAGUGACAGGGCUCUUUGCCGUGAAUUUUCUGCUACAUAUGCUAUAUCCUGCGCCGUCGGCCGGCGAGGACACCAGAGGCUAUCUGCACGGUGGCUUGAUGAUCGAUUUCAUUGGGCAGCAGGGUCCAACGAGUAAAUGGAAGCUUGGAGGGUUGGACUUGUGCAUUCUGGUCCUGCAGCUGAUCAUGGUGUCGGCGCAUGCGAAGCGCCGCGACCUAAAGACGCAAUUCAAGCGAAUAUCUGCAGGUGAGGCGCCGUCAAGCAAUGCCGCAGACGCACCCAAUACCAAUACUGAUACUGCGGGCGACAACGCAGCUGCAGCAGCGAUAAGUGAGACCACGGCCCGGGGACAGGACGCUGACGAUGAAGAGCGUGGAGAGCUGCGCCGAACCGACACCAUGUCAGACAUAGGAGCCGAGUCCGAGGAGGCAGAUGCGCUGCUGCAAUCCACGUCCGAGACAGGCCAUGUCGAUGCGCUGGAUCUACUUUCGUCAGGCCAGUGCGUCAUUUUAUCUGCUGGCGUCGUCGACACGAUAUGGCACGAAAACGAGAAUUAUCGAGCUUUCCGCCAGACGCGCACAGAGAGUGGCCUUAGCGGCGACAUGCCUGAGACACUACGCCGCUUGAACACGCUGCGUGCUCGCCUUGGGGUCGGUGGUGGAUAA